AUGCCACCACCCCAACCAACCCCGAAAAAAGCGGUUCCCGCCCCCGAUUACAAGACGCUCAAAUCCCAAUGGGACGCCGCCAAGCGCAAAAAGGACGCGGAAGAUGCGACCAAAAAAGCCGUUACCGCCGUAGAACCCAACAACACGGACGAGAUCAAGCUCCGCGAACUCCGACGAGCAGCCCUCGAAGGUCGCCGCAAAAAGGCGUACCAAUCCCGCUGGGCAUGGACGGCCGGGUUCUGGGUCUGGAUGCUAGCCAUCCACCUCGUCGGGCUGGGGUACUUCACCAGCGGCUUCCUCCUCACAAGACUGCAACUGGACGAUAAAUCCCUCUGCGACGUCUCUCCCGCAGGGCAAGAAGGGGGGAUCUUGCCGGCCUGGCCAGGAAAGGGGACCCCAGAAGGAGGAUGCUGGCACCCCAAGACCUUCGACAAGGCAGUGGUGGUGUUAAUCGACGCGUUGAGAUAUGACUUUACCGUUCCCGUGGACGACAACGCCGAGUUUCACAACCGGUUCCCGUUCAUGUACGAGACUGCUGUUCGGGAGCCGAACAAGGCUUUUUUGCGGCCGUUUAUUGCCGAUCCGCCCACGAGUACGCUGCAGAGGUUGAAGGGGUUGACGACGGGGACGCUGCCUACUUUUAUUGAUGUGGGGAGCAGCUUUUCGGGGACGGCGGUGGAGGAGGAUAAUUUGCUGGGGCAGCUGAGGGGGGCCGGGAAGAGGGUGGUGCACUUGGGGGAUGACACUUGGGAGAGUCUUUUUCCGGGGUAUUUUGAGGGGAAUCUGAGCAGGCCGUAUGAUAGUUUUAAUGUGUGGGAUCUGCACACGGUGGAUGAAGGGGUUAUUGAGCAUAUCUUUCCGCUGAUGGAGGAGGGGAGGAAGGGGGAGUGGGAUGUGGUGAUUGGGCAUUUGUUAGGGGUGGAUCAUGCGGGACAUCGGUAUGGGCCUGAGCAUCCCGAGAUGGGGAGGAAGUUGAGGCAGAUGGAUGGGUUUGUGAGGGAUUUGGCGGGGAAGAUUGACGAGAGGACGGUGUUGAUUGUGAUGGGGGAUCACGGGAUGGAUAGUAAGGGGGAUCAUGGGGGGGAGAGCGAUGAUGAGGUGCAGGCGGCUCUUUGGAUGUACUCGCCAAAGGGGGGUUUUGGGAGGACGAAGCCUGAGUUUGCGGUCCCGCCGGCUACGGCGGUGGAGAGGCCGGUGAACCAGAUUGAUUUAGUGCCGACUUUGGCGCUGAUGAUGGGUAUUCCUAUUCCUUUCAAUAAUUUGGGGCGUCCUAUCGAGGAGGUCUUUGCUGGUCCUCGCGGCAAUUCUUGGAAUAAUUUGGCUGCGGCUGAAAGGGUUGCGGCUGCUGGUGUCAAACGGUAUCAGGCCUCCUAUUUUGCUGCCAGAGGCAUGACUGAGGAACCUGCUUCUACCCCCGGCUCGCCGGCUGAUCUUUGGGACAAGGCUGAGGGUCUGGUUUCCAAGGGCAACUGGGUUGCUGUCUAUUCUGCUUUUGCCGAGUACCAAAGGGAGACUCUGGCUCGCUGCAAGAGCCUUUGGGCGCAGUUCAAUAUCAAGAACAUGAUUCUUGGAAUCGCCGUCAUGGGAUUCGGUGUUCUUACCCUGCUAGUCUACGUCUCCAAGGGAGCCGAGGAUGAUGAGGCUGUUGAUGACCCUGAGCUGGACGAUGCUGAAAAGAGCCUGGAGAUUAUGGGCGUCAUUCCUGACUCGGAGCUGCCGUUGGAGAAUGUUCUCGAGAGGAAACUUGUUGCUGCUGCUUUCCUUGGCGCAGUUCCGGGCCUUAUUGGCGGUGCUCUCCAUGCUUACCUCAAGGGCACGGGCGACUAUUACCGCGGUGCUGCCAUGGCCGCCCUCACCAGCAUUGCCACUGUCGGUGUGUCGCUUUACGAAAUCAAGGAGACCCUCCGGACUCUUGUUCCAUCCACAAUUUGGGGGUGGAUGGCAGCAGUGUUCACUCUCAGCCAGUCUAUCGGCUUCGCUUCCAACUCGUACACAAUCUGGGAGGACUCUAUUCUGCUCUUCUUCAUCACCACCUUUGGCUUCGUCACAGCCCUCUCCGCCCUGCGAAUCCAGUCCCUUGCCGACCGCUACAUGGCCAUCUACCACUCGGUCCUCUUCGUGGUCCUCGGCCGCCUUGCCUCCGCCUCCAAGCUCUGCCGCGAAGAGCAAAUGCCCUACUGCACAUCAACCUACUACGCCUCCUCCACCUCGUCAACCUCUGCCCUCUGGCAGCUCGCCAUCCCCUUCGCGGUGAGCCUGAUCCUCCCCACAAUCAUCAAAGCCUACCUCCAACCCACCCGCUCCUACGAGGGCCUAGCCCCAGCCUGGAUCGGGUACGUCUUCCGCACGGGUCUCUUCAUGUCAGCCCUCUACUGGGUCCUCGACUCAGCCGACAACGGGAACUGGAUCUCUGGCCUGCCCGAAAAAAAGCUCAAAAACCUCUCCGUCUACACCGCCCAGAUGGUCCUCGGCCUGGCCUUUGUAGCAGGAACAACAGCAUUCAUGUGGGCGCCCCCCUGCGUGAGCAUCGUCACCUCAGCCUCGAAAUCAACACCCACCCGGGCACAGGUCGCGAUCUUGGGCUACGGCAACGCGCACGGGGCACGGUACCUCCUCCUCCCGCUCAACUUCCUCGUCUCCCUAAUCCUCCUCUCCAAACCCAUGGGCGGCGGCGCGUUGGCCAUUCUAUUCUGGCAGAUCCUCUCCCUCGUUGAAAUCCUCGACUCGAACUCUUUGUCUGCAACCCCGAUCGGACCAGUCAUGCUCGCGAUCCUGGGCUCGUUUCACUUUUUCAAGACGGGCCAUCAGGCUGUGCUGUCGACCAUUCAAUGGGACUCCGCGUUCAUCCCCCUUUUUUCCGUCCGCUACCCUUGGUCACCCUUGGCAGUGGCGAUGAACACCUUUGCGGCACAGAUUCUCGCCACGGUUUGCGUCCCCCUCUUGGUGCUUUGGAAGGCGUCACCCAAGAAGAAGGGUGCACUGGCGGAGACGAGCAAAAAGCUGGGGGCGUUUGUCAGUUUUUUCGCGGUGGAGGGGUGGAUGAGUAUGAUGUGGGCGGGGCAUUUGAGGAGGCAUCUGAUGCUUUAUCGGGUGUUUAUGCCGAGGUUCGCGACGGCGGGGGUGGUGUUGAUUGUGGUGGAUUUGGUGGCGUUGGGGGUGAGUUUGUUGGGGUUGAGGGGAAAUACGGUGGCGAUUGGGGAGGUUUUUGGGUGGGCUGAGUAA